GCUAGGUAAGAAUACAGUGUUGGUUUCGCAGUCGCUGCGUCUCGCUCUCGCGCGCGUAUCGCAAGUCAGUUGCCGAAAAUGAGGCAACAGUGUAGCUUACAGCCUUGGCGCGUGACGUCGCCUUAAGUAGCGCGUUCUAUUUGACAGUUUCGAAUUUUAAAUUUCGAACGACAUUCAUUUUUAUUUUUAAUCUGUUUUCAAACCAGCCAGCUCUCUUUGUAAGAUGCAAUAGUGUUUCGUUUCGGGUUGUUUGUUAGUGUUGAUUGGACGUUGUGAAGGGAUGGAGAUGUCGUUGCCCAACGGAGUGGAUGUGUCGCAGCUGGUCCAGCAUCCAGUGCUGGCCGCGCUGCCGCCCUUCUUCCUGCGCGCCUCCGAGAGAUAUCAGCGGACGCCGAAGUGUGCGCGGUGCCGCAACCACGGCGUGGUCUCCGCGCUGAAGGGGCACAAGCGGUACUGCCGGUGGCGGGACUGUGUGUGUGCCAAGUGCACGCUGAUCGCUGAGCGGCAGAGGGUCAUGGCUGCACAGGUGGCGCUGCGGAGGCAGCAGGCUCAAGAGGAGAACGAGGCUCGAGAGCUGAACCUCCUGUAUGCCGGCCCGCCCGCUGCGCCCAACCACCACUAUGAGAUGAACGACGACUCUCCAGUUCAGAAGCGCGCUCGCAUCACCGAGGUCUGCCCCAGCCCGUCGCCUGAGCAGCCUCCGGAGUCGAAGACCCCCGGCCCCUCGCCCCCCCUCGCCUCCCCGCCCCCCGCCAGCCCCUCCGACCACGAGCUCAACGUGGAAGAAGAACUCGAAGACCAAUCAGAAGCCUCCAAUCUUACCCCAGAAAACUUGUCUAUGAAGGAACCCCGAGUCGAAGAGAUCAAGAAAGAAGAGGAGGAGAAGUGGGUGGAAAACCCAGAGUUUAAAUACAAGAUGUUCAACCGACGCGAGAGAAAGGAUAAGAAUGACACACCGUCUCUUUCUCGCGAUGAUAUCCAAGCUGAGGACAUGACGACGCCGCCGCCGUUCCAGAAGUCCCCAGUUGAUGUGCUAAUCAAGGUGUUUCCUAGACGAAGCCGCACUGACAUUGAAGCCACAUUGUCCCGAUGCAAGGGAGACGUGGUGGCAGCCAUGGAGAUGAUGAUAUCCGGCGCCGACCAAGCACCAAACCCUUACCCCAUAACUCAAGAGUCACCACCGUAUUUACAAAACCAGUACCAGUCGAAAUCCGCUUUCUCCCCGCUGUCCAACCAGAGCUUCAAGUUCUCGCCUUCUAGAAGGUUCCUGACGCCUCCCUACAGCGGCACUGGGUACUUGCCGACGGUCAUCCGUCCUCCUCCGGAGUACCUAUCCUCGUUCCUUCCUCCAUCAGAGCUGAUGUACGGCCGGCAGAUGCAGCCGAGUCCAGGAACCUCGCCCAGGUCUGACAACACCAAUAAUGAAGGGUUCUCUGAUUAGGGGUGCGGUGCACACUGGACUGUGUUGUAAAGAGGUUCAGUGCAUAGAUUUUGGCGAAUGGAUAAAGCUAGUUGGGAGUAGGGUCAUGGUCAGUUGCCAACAAAACUGUUUUGACUUUGUAAACUGUCUAUACUAGAGUCACUAUAAUAAGCCAAUAAUGACAACAGCAUGCAAAAUUGUAAAACAUAAUUAUGUAGAAUCCAAAAGGCACACUGUAUAAG